CAUUCAUCUAAAAGAAAAAGAUGGCGAACCGAGCAGCUUCCUUUUGUUUCCUCUCAUGUGUGAUUGUCUUGUGCUUGAGUUCAGUGUCAGCAGUCACAGAUGAUCGUCAAGAUAAACAAGUGUAUGUCGUCUACAUGGGUUCACUACCGUCUCGAGUGGAAUACACACCAAUGUCGCAUCACAUGAGCAUUCUUCAAGAGGUCACAGGAGAAAGUUCGAACGAUGGUCGUUUGGUGAGAAGUUACAAGAGAAGUUUCAACGGGUUCGCGGCCCGACUUACUCCGACAGAACGAGAAAGAAUGGCCAAAAUCGAAGGAGUUGUUUCUGUGUUCCCGAGCAAGAAGUUACAAAUCCAUACGACUACGUCUUGGGAUUUCAUGGGGCUAAAGGAAGGAAAGAAUACAAAACGAAACUUGGCCGUAGAAAGUGAUACUAUUAUUGGUGUCCUAGACACUGGGAUUUGGCCGGAAUCAGAGAGCUUCUCCGACAAAGGCUUUGGUCCUCCUCCUAAGAAAUGGAAAGGUGUUUGUUCCGGCGGCGCAAAUUUCACAUGCAACAACAAGUUGAUUGGAGCAAGAGACUACACACGCGAAGGAGCUAGAGACAGCCAAGGCCACGGUACACACACAGCGUCCACUGUGGCUGGAAACGCAGUCGCAGGCGCAAGCUUCUUUGGAAUAGGUAAUGGAACGGCGAGAGGAGGCGUUCCAGCAUCUAGAAUCGCCGCUUACAAAGUCUGCGACUCCACAGGGUGUACCUCGGAAGCUAUACUGUCUGCUUUCGAUGACGCAAUAGCAGACGGUGUCGACCUCAUCAGCAUCUCCCUCGGGGGAGACGACGACGAGGCCUCUAAGUACGAAAAGGACACGAUUGCGAUCGGGGCUUUUCACGCUAUGGCCAAAGGGAUUCUCACUGUGCACUCUGGCGGUAACAGUGGUCCGAAUCCGGCUUCUGUCUUGAGCGUAGCUCCGUGGAUGUUAACCGUUGCAGCCAGCACCACGAACCGCGGGUUUGUCAGCAAAGUUGUUCUUGGAAACGGCAAGACACUUGUCGGGAAAUCAGUGAAUACUUUUGAUCUAAAAGGAAAGAAUUAUCCACUUGUGUACGGAGAAUUUGUUGAAGAACCUGAGGUCAAGGGAAAAAUCUUGGUGAGCGGAUAUUCAGUUAGUUCAGAAAUAGCCGUUGCAUCCAUAAUUAAAGACUAUCUAGACUAUGCAUCCGUCAAGCCUAGGCCACUCUCUGCUCUAUCACAAGAUGACUUCGACUAUCUUGUCUCUUACGUUAACUCCACAAAGUCUCCGCAAGGCACUGUUUUAAAAACUGAGUCAAUUUAUAAUCAGAUAGCUAAUAAAGUUAUUUCCUUCUCUUCUCGCGGUCCAAAUACCGUCGCUGUUGAUCUUCUAAAGACACAAAGGUUGAUUGUAAUGCAGCCGGAUAUAACAGCACCAGGAGUAGAGAUCCUCGCUGCUUAUUCACCUUUGGCUCCACCAUCUACAGAUAACAGCGACCAGAGACAUGUGAAGUAUUCUGUUCUGUCCGGAACUUCAAUGUCUUGUCCACACGUUGCAGGCGUGGCUGCGUACGUCAAGACUUUUCAUCCUCAAUGGUCUCCUUCCGCUAUCCAAUCUGCCAUCAUGACAACCGCUUGGCCAAUGAAUGCUUCUGGAACUGGGGUUGCAUCGACCGAGUUUGCCUAUGGAGCUGGACAUGUCGACCCAAUAGCCGCUCUAAAUCCUGGUCUUGUCUAUGAACUGGACAAAGCAGACCACAUCGCCUUUCUCUGCGGCUUGAACUACACUUCGCAAACCCUUAAACUCAUUUCUGGUGAAGCCGUCACUUGCACUGGAAAGACCCUACCAAGAAACCUUAACUAUCCUUCAAUGUCGGCUAAACUUCCAGGAUCUGAUAGCUCCUUCACCGUGACUUUCAAUAGAACCGUCACAAACCUCGGUACCCCCAACUCUACAUACAAAUCAAAGAUUGUCCUGAAUCACGGAUCUAAACUCAGCGUUAAGGUGUCCCCUAGUGUCUUGUCUAUGAAGUCGGUGAACGAAAAACAGGCUUUCACGGUGACUGUUACUGGCAGCGGUCUCGACCCAAAUCUGCCUUCGUCUGCAAAUUUAAUCUGGUCUGAUGGAACACAUAACGUGAGAAGCCCCAUUGUUGUCUAUACUGAUGGUUACUGA